UUUUGUUUUGUUUUGCAGCACUAGACUCUGCUUGGCGAUAUCAUCUUACACAAUGUUUUUCUAGGGAGCAGCCCUCAGUUCAAAGAUCUGAAUGGCAUAUAAGAGUCCAAUCAGCUCAGAAAGUGGUACGCAGAGGGAAAGAAAGCUGCUUCGUUGGGGGACCUCAAUAUCAGCAUUGAUAGCUAAAUUCCAGGAGGCAAAAGAAUUUUCUCUGGGUGUUUAAAAAACAGAACUCAGAAGCAGUGUUAGCAAUGCAGCCAUCAGAGAAAUAUUUGUUCAAACACAAGGGGUUCUAUUUCCAACCAGAUAUGGUUACAGCAGAAUAUGUUGAUAUCCUUGAAAAUUUGGAAAUCAGAGACAGCGAUGUAUUGCUAGUCACUUAUCCCAGAUCAGGAACAAUAUGGACUCAGAACAUUUUGAGCUUGAUUCAUCAUAAAGGUCACCGAGAUGGAACUGAAGAUACGGAUUUAUUAGACAGAGUCCCAUGGCUGGAGUACAAUAUGCGCAAUAUGGAUUUCGACAAGCGCCCAUCGCCUCGUCUCUUUUCUAGCCAUCUGCCCUACUAUCUAGUGCCGAAGGGGUUACGAAAUGGAAGAGCAAAAAUUAUUUAUGUAGCGAGAAACCCAAAAGAUGUAAUGGUCUCCUUUUACCAUUUUUCCAAAUUUUCUAUGAAAAUAGAAGAAAUGGAAGAUUUUGGUGUCUUCAUGGAGCGGUUUUUAUCUGGCAAAGUUCUUGGUAGUUUAUGGCUGGAUCAUAUCGAAGGCUGGUAUGCUCACAGGGGUGACUUCAAUAUCCUGUUCCUAACCUAUGAAGAAAUGAAGAAGGAUCUGAGAAGUGCUGUACUGAAAAUAUGCAACUUCCUAGGAAAGAGGCUGUCUGAAGAAGAACUGGCCGAUGUUGUGGAGAAGGCUGGAAUUGAUAAAAUGAAAAUGGAUCGCAGAACAAACUACACGACACUGCCGACUGGUCUCGUAGAUUUCAGUAAAGGAGCUUUUCUUCGCAAAGGAACGAUAUGGACUCAGAACAUUUUGUGCUUGAUUCAUCAUGAAGGUCACCGAGAUGGAACUGAAGAUACAGAUUUAUUAGACAGAGUCCCAUGGCUGGAGUACAAUAUCUGCAAUCUGGAUUUUGAGAAGCGCCCAUCAUCUCAUCUCUUUGCUACCCAUCUGCCCUACUAUCUAGUACUGAAGGGGUUACGAAAUGGAAGAGCAAAAGUAAGUGACAUUAGAAGAAAUAGAAGACUUUGGUGUGUUCAUGGAGCAGUUUUUAUCUGGCAAAGGUAAAAAUUAUUUGCUACCACACCCUGAUCUCUGUACCCCUUCUCUGCAUUUGAGAACAAGCUCUUGAGAGCACAGGAAAAGAGUAUUCAGCUUCUAUGAGGAAGUUCUGUCCUAUUUUUUAAAAAUCCAAUGGCUCCCUUCCUCCAAACAAAAAAAAAGUUUAUUCUAUGAAAAAUAAAUUCAGUAGCUGGCAUCCAUCCUCAUCAAGUGAUUGUGCAAAUGUGUUGCACAAGUGCAAAGUUGUGUGCUAGCUAGUUCUGCUCACUCUGGAGCCUGCAUUCCAGACCAGUUUUGCACUCGUGCAACCAUCCUUCCACUUGUGCAACAUGGUGUGCAACAUGUGCUGUGUCUGCUGCUGAGCAAGCUCUUCCUGCAUCCAUUUACUUUUGUGCAUGAGUGGGACUUGUGGAUUUUGUGCAAACAUAUUAUUUUCUUGAGCACGUGCUACUUUGUUCCCAAAGUGCUUUUUCAUCUCGAUAUGACCCAUACUUUUGCAUUAUAGUAUAGUGUCAGUGUUAAACCCGUAUGUAGUGAUCAGUCACUGGCCAGCCCCUCCUAUCCCCUAAAGCAUUAACCAGAAGUUAACCCCGUCCCGACUUACAAUCCCUACCUCUAACCGGAUCUGUCCUUGUGGCCAAGGGAUUGAGACUGUGACGAACAUCCUUUUAUAUUCAGUGUAUAGGGAUUUUCGUAUCUCUCUUCUCUCACCCCUCUUAUUAAAUAUUCCUGUUAGAAUGAAUGAUAGAUAUGCAUCCUUUUUACUAGCUGAUCCUUUUGUACCCAUAACGCUGUCUGUGGCUAAUUUCUGUGCAGCUGCAUAUGAGAUUAGGUCUGAGCUGGUUUGAGAUAUCGGUAUUAUAACAUUAGAUUUUGUAUUAUUUAUAUUAUCUUUACUGUAAUCUGUACUGUCUUUCUUUUAUGUUGUUGGCUCAGUGACAGUAAUAAUCUAAUCUAAUCUUAUCUAUUUAUCUUUCACAUGUCACAGAAAGAUGCAUAAAUACAGAAAGCUGCAUUCUCUCAGAGGAGAGCUGUUCUUGUAGUAGCAAGCAUGAAGUGACCCUUUUGCUAGGCAGGUUCUGAACUGGUUUGCAAUUGAAUUGGAGACUAUUCAGUGUGUGAGGACUGUAAGAGAUUCCCCUUAGGUGAUGGGGCCGCUCCUGAGAAGAGCACCUGCCUGCUUGCCUGCAGAAGGUUCCAAGUUCCCUCCAUGACAUCUAUAAGACAGGGCUGAGAAAGACUUCUGCCUGCAGCCUUGGGGAGGCCACUGACAGACAAUACUGAACUAGAUGGACCAAUUGUCUGACUUGGUAUGAGGCAGCUUCCUGUGUUCCUAUGCCCCCAAUAUCAUUUUCUUUUAUUUCCCUUUUAUAAGAAGUCUGAUUUGGAUUUCUCAUUAUUCUUAAUUAUGAGAUUCACACACACACCUCAUUUUGUUUCGUUACUUAGGAAUACCCAGCUGUAUCCUCACGGUGUGAUUGGAAUCAUGGUAGUUAUUCUCCUUAAUGUUAUCGCUGAAAUGGGGCAUUUAAAGCAUUCAUUUCUGAUCUCUAUUUCAACCAAUUUGAACUACAGCUUUACUGCUUGCAUCCUAACACCACCCGCUAUCAUUUAGAUUUAUUCUAGCUUUUAUACCAAAAUAAUGCAUCUAUCUUCUGUCAGUUCUUGGUAGUUUAUGGCUGGAUCAUAUCGAAGGCUGGUAUGCUCACAGGGGUGACUUCAAUAUCCUGUUCCUAACCUAUGAAGAAAUGAAGAAGGAUCUGAGAAGUGCUGUACUGAAAAUAUGCAACUUCCUAGGAAAGAGGCUGU